CAGUUGAAGACGACGCCGUUUGAUCCGCGAUUCCCGCAGACGAACCAAGCGAAGCACUGCUACACGAGGUACAACGAGUUUCACAAGUGCCAAGCCGAAAACGGCGAGGGCGCGGAAGAGUGCGAACCGUUGGCCAAGUUUUAUCGCUCCAUCUGUCCGACAGAGUGGACCGAGAAAUGGAACGAGGAAAGAGAGGAAGGCACGUGGCCGGGGCGCUAUUAG